CAGGAUACUGUUGCAGGCUGAUGGUUCACAUCUAGUCUUCCACGGGAACUCGUAUCGAUCGGAACAGUUUGGACCGAACCGCGAGUGUUUGUACAGAGUAUUCACUUUAAGGAAUGACAAGUUUUGCUAGUGACCCUCAUCAUCAUUGGGAAAACGUGAAUGGUCAUAUGGAAGCGCCGUUUCCGCCGGAAGUGUCACCAUUCACACCCAUCUGGAGUCAGGAUAACCCGUCGCCAAUGGUUCAUUAUCCGGAGCUGAUGGCCGCUGGGUUCCCAUGUGCCGAUUUGGCUAUUUGGCCCCGCCAGCAAGUGGGUAGCUUCGUAGCCCAGCGUUUGUCACCAAGAGGAGCCCAACCUGCGUCUCAUUCAUCGACCAAGAAAACACGCCGACGGGUUGCUUCGAUGGCACAACGACGGGCAGCGAAUAUUCGUGAGCGACGGCGAAUGUUCAAUCUAAAUGAAGCUUUUGACAAGCUGCGGAGAAAGGUACCAACGUUUGCGUACGAAAAACGCCUGUCACGCAUCGAAACGCUUCGAUUGGCCAUCACCUAUAUCGGAUUCAUGUCGGAAUUGCUGAACGGAACUCCGACGCACGAUGGUCGAUCGCCAGAACUAUAUCCGAAUUUAGUACAUCCGCAUCACACGAACCACAUGCAUCCGUCAUUUCAUCAGAGGGAGUACAUUUCGCCGUAUGGUUCUCAUACUGGUUGAUAAGGGAACUACAUAUAGAUAAUAAGUUUGUCGACUUAGAAAAUCGUGCAGAACACUUUUUCUGAUUGUUUUAUGAUAUUUAUUAGUUUUUAGAUGCCUGUUCUUCCAUUAAAAAUAGAGUAAAUAUAA